AUGCCUUUUGAUGAGUCGCACUUUGUGUCAGCGCUGACAGUGUUUUUCUUGAAUUCAAAGUCGCUGUCCUCUUUAAAAAACACACCCAUCGAUGACCCUUCCUUAAAGGUGCUGGUGGCCAACAACAGUGACACCCUCAAGCUUCUGAAGAUGAGCAGCUGUCAUAUGAGUCAUGCAGGCAUCCUCUGUGUUGCUGACCAAUGCCAGGGCCUGCGGGAAUUGGCUCUUAACAACCACCUGCUGAGCGCUGAGCAUCUUCUGGCCCUGUCCUCUGAGAAGCACGUUCAUCUGGAGCACCUGCGAAUCGACAUGGUGAGUGAGAACCCAGGCGAAACCCAGUUCCACACCAUCAAGAAGAACCGCUGAGACGCCAUCAUCCGCCACUGCAAUCAGGUCAACGUUGUCAUAUACUUUUUCCUUUACGCGGCAGAGUUUGAGCCCUACCUUUGCGAGGAGAUGCUCGUCACCACCGGGCGGUCAGCAAAACAUGUCGGCCGCAUCAGGCAUAACUUACUGCAUUCCUGGAACUGGUGGUAUACCAACGGGCUGGAUCCGCUGGACGAAGAGCUGACCCAUAUCGCAGAAUGAUGCGAGAGCCUCACUGUCAUUGGUCUGGGCGAGUGUGGGAUCACUUGCAGUGGAUUCAUGGAGUUUGUAAAGAUGUGUGGCGGUCGUCUGAGCCAGCUGUCCAUCAUGGAGGAAGUGCUUAUUCUUGACAACACAUUGAACAUUGAGCAAACCCACAGCGAGGUCUCCAAACAUCUGGGCCACAUUUGGUUCCCAGAUAUGGUGCCCACAUGGUAG